GAGUAUGGGGAGGGGAUUUUUUUCCACAGAAAUGGAGAUAGGGUUUUUUUUCGCGAGAAAGAGAUGGAAAUCAUUUUCAUCCUUGUAAGGGGGAUGGGCCAGAGAUGAGAAUUGAUAUCCCCUACGGGGACGGGAAUAGAGAUUAAGAUCUCAUCCUUGCCCCUCUCAAUUGUCAUCCCUACAUGUAAGAAUCACCUUAAAAUUGAAGAAAAGCUACCAAGAGUAUAAAAGACAGAAACCUGCGGGAAUCUCCUGAUGUCGUAUUGAAUACCGAAAGGCGAAGACAAGUGGUAAUGAUUAAUGGGCUAGUCGAAGUCACUCUGUCGAGCCCAGAUGGUGAAGUCAUAGGAAUAAAGUAUAAUGGAAUUGAUAAUGUGUUGGAAACAGAUAAUGCUCAGGAUAAUCGAGGGUACUGGGACGUUGUUUGGUAUAAGCCAGGAGAAAAAGACAACAUCGACAAAUUAGAAGGAACAAACUUUCACGUGAUUAUGGCAGAUAAAGACCAAGUAGAGAUUUCAUUCACAAAGAAAUGGAAUUAUUCCCGGCACGUUCCCUUAAACGUAGACAAAAGGUAUAUAAUGCGGCGAGGUGUCUCAGGAUUUUAUGCAUAUGCCAUUCUGGAACGAGAACCAGGGUGGCCGGACGUUGACAUGGAUCAAAUUAGAGCCGUUUUCAAGCUCCAAAAAGACAGGUUCCAUUACAUGGCAAUUUCGGACAAGAGGCAAAGAAUAAUGCCAAUGCCGGAAGACCGUGAAACGGGUCAGCCACUUGCCUACCCUGAGGCCGUUCUCCUGACUAAGCCCAUCAAUACUGAACUUAAAGGAGAGGUGGAUGACAAGUACCAGUACUCAUCAGAAAACAAAGAUAACAAAGUACAGGGAUGGAUAUCAGCCAAUCCGCCAGUGGGUUUUUGGAUGAUCACACCCAGUAACGAGUUCCUAUCAUCUGGUCCAACGAAGCAAGAUCUCACCUCCCAUGUCGGCCCUACCGUUCUAUCUAUGUUUACCAGUAUACAUUACGGAGGGAAGGAUAUAGAUACAAAGUAUCGAAAUGGGGAGCCCUGGAAAAAAGUACUGGGUCCUGUUCUUGUCUAUCUGAACCAAGUUUCAUCGACUAACAAUAUCUAUGGAGAUCUUUGGAGAGAUGCCAAGGCUCAGAUGUGGAAAGAAGUUGAAAGCUGGCCAUAUGAUUUCCUUCAAUCUCAAGAUUUUCCUAAAUCAUAUCAAAGAGGAAACAUUUCCGGCCAAUUACAAGUCUUUGACAGAUGUAUCAAUUCGAGAACAACAGGCGCAAAAUAUGCUUAUGUGGGAUUGGCAGCGCCUGGACAAGUGGGAUCCUGGCAAACAGAAACCAAGGGUUAUCAAUUCUGGACACAAACUGACGAGCAAGGGAAUUUCUUCCUUAAAAACGUUCGAGAGGGGGAUUAUGAUUUGUAUGCAUGGGUCCCUGGAUUUAUUGGAGAUUAUAAGCAUUACACUAAUAUUGCUGUCAAAGCUGGGUCUGAGUUCAAUUUGGGAGCCAUUGUGUAUCGGCCUCCUAGAAACGGUCCUACAUUGUGGGAAAUCGGUGUUCCUGAUCGCUCCGCUGCUGAAUUUUUUGUGCCGGACCCUUAUCCGACACUCAUGAACCGACUGUACAAGAACGAUCCAGCAAAUAAGUUUAGGCAGUAUGGAUUAUGGGCAAGAUAUGCAGAUAUAUAUGGUAAUAAUGAUCUCAAGUACACAAUUGGCAUCAGUGAUCAUACUAGAGACUGGUUCUUUGCUCAUGUUACAAGGGAUAUAGGAAAUCGGACAUAUCAACCAACCACACGACAGAUAAUGUUUGAGCUUCUGAAUGUCAAUAGUCGAGGAGAUUACACACUCCAAGUAGCCAUGGCAGCAGCCUCUGAAUCGGAAUUUCAGCUUCGAAUCAACGAUGCAAAUGUUGAUAAACCUGAUUUCUCAACAGGGCCAAUGGGAAGGGACAAUGCCAUUGCCAGACAUGGGAUUCAUGGAUUGUAUAGGUUUUAUAGUAUAAAUAUUCCAAGCAGUAAACUCUACAAAGGAAGCAACACGUUCUAUCUUACUCAGUCAAGAAGCCAAACCCCCUUCCAAGGGAUUUUGUAUGAUUACAUUCGCUUAGAAGGCCCCCCUAACCCUCAAACUUCAUCAAGCCAAAAUGUUGUAGCAUAACCCUUAAGUUGAUUUUAUUUAAUGUUAAUUUUGCAAGCAUUAUUUAGUUAAUCUCUUCCCGUGGUUUGGUUUUGUUUGGUUUAUGGUUAUGAUUUAUAAAAAUAAAAUGCAAUAUUAUCAUUUUACCAA